AUUGCGAAAUUGUUACACAGCGAAUACACACAUACUGACCUUUCUAGGGUUUUUUGGAUAAGCUCUGCGCCCUCCCCCUCCCCCUCAUGUAUACAUACAAAGCAACUACAUAACUAUUUUCGUUCUGCUUCUUCGUGUUCUUCCUUCCUACAUCACUCUUUUCUGUUCUCUGUUAGGUCGCUUUUGGAGGACCCGCAGUUUAUUAUCUAAGCUGUUCUCUUUGCAUGCCCUUAUUGUUGGUGCAUUAUGUCCAACAAUCUGGUUUCCCAGUACCCAAUCUCAGAUAGGCAUGUGGUUCAGAUGGAGCAUCAGUCAAAUUCUCUGGACUUGCCAGUAUCUGAGAUGCAUAUGAAAAUGUCAAGCAACCCUGAAUCACAUCAAUUCUAUGUGUCAACAGAGGAAAUGGAUUUGGGAGAUCCAAUAUCUAGUAAUCCUGGGUUCAAUGUGCUGUCAAGCAACAGCAUGAGUCAUAAUGAAUCUUCAGGUGGUACAAUGGGCUUGAACUGGAUGUCGGACCAAGUAGGUCAUGAAGAUUCAUGUAUGCUGACCACUAUGGCUGGGGAAAAGUUAUCAUUCCCAAUUAAGCGGAAGGCUGAGAUGGUACCUGUGUUGAACAACUCUAUUUCUCAGCAGUCACUGAUGCCUAACAAGCGGCCAGCACAAAUGGGAGCUGAUGUUAGUACACUUGGGUUUCUUCAAACACCAGCACCUCAAAGGAAAAAAACGCCAGCACAGGACAGAUUGGCUUCUCCAGGUGUGCAGGCUCAACCUUCGGUAAACAAGAAAAUGGCGCGGAAUGAAUCCAUCUCUGGUAAAUCUGGCUUACAGCGGGUGCAGACCACUAAAAAACAAACUGCUCAAAUUGAGUCAGCGUCCAAGGUUCGCCCUGAGUCGUCAGAAGCUGUAAGGUCCAAAAUGAGGGAGUCACUAGCUGCUGCAUUGGCUUUGGCAUCUCAGAACCAAGACAAUAUUUCAAAUACUGAGAAAAAGCAGAGUGAUUCUGUUAUCACUCAUCAGACCAUUGAUUUGCUGGCUCCUCAUUCCAAUUCAACUAUUGGUGUUGAAGUGCCCGCCUCUGGUCCUAAGGAUCUGUCUUCUUCAAAAGAACUGACAGCACCUGGCAACACCCAUGAUUGUCAGGGUUUUUUUUCUUCUGAGCUAUCUUCUAAUGCAAGUGGUGGGAAUGAUGGACACGCUUUCCAGGAGUUCCAGUAUAGUACUGUUUUGCCUGAUGAGGAUAUUUCAUUUGGUGAUAAUUUCUUUGUUAAAGAUGAUCUUUUGCAGGGAAAUGGGCUCUCUUGGGCAUUUGAUUUUGAUGUACAGAUGAGGGAGGUGAAGGAAGUUCAACCUGGAGAAAAUUCUAAGUCUGUGAAAGAGGAAAAUCAGGGACAUGGUGGAGAGCUUGCGAUUUUGACUCCAGAGAAGUUGGCUUUCAAAAUUGAAGCUGAACUUUUUAAACUAUAUGGUGGUGUGAACAAGAAGUACAGGGAGAAGGGUAGGUCUCUUUUGUUCAACCUUAAAGACCGUAACAAUCCGGACCUGAGAGAAAGAGUCAUGUCUGGUGAGAUAUUGCCUGAAAGGUUGUGUUCAAUGUCAGCCGAAGACCUUGCUUCCAAAGAAUUAUCAGAAUGGCGCACGGCCAAAGCAGAACAGUUAGCGCAAUUGGUGGUUUUACCUGAUACUGAAGUUGAUAUAAGGCGUUUGGUUAGGAAAACACAUAAGGGUGAGUAUCAAGUAGAAGUUGAGCAUGAUGAUGGCAUUGCUGCGGAGGUUUCUGGUGGGACUUCUAUGUUUAUACAACCUCAACGGAAGAAAGAGAUUGAACCUCAUUCCCCUUCUCAGGGGAGUCUUAAAGAUAAGGUGAGAGUCUCGGGUCAAGAUAGUCAUUCCGAAGACAAGGAUUUUUCUGGUAGCCUGGUUAUUCCGACUGAUGGGGCAGAUCUGAUGCAAGGAAUGAUGGUCGAUGAAUUGAAGGAUGCGGAGUUUCUGCCUCCAAUUGUCUCAUUGGAUGAAUUUAUGGAGUCCCUUAAUUCUGAACCUCCGUUUGAGAAUCUAUCAUCUGAUGCAAAGAACCCUUUAUCGCACAAAGAAAACCCAAAACCUGUUAGCAACAUGGAGGCUGCUAAUGGGACUUCUCAUUCUCCCAAAGAUGCUUCCUCCAGAAAGGCUGGUGUCGUCAAGAAACAUGAAAUUGAUGUAAAAAUUACAUCAUCCUGUGGGAGUCCUGUGAAACAGAAAGUUCUUCCUAGUAGUGUAUCAAAGGUUGAAUAUAUCUGGGACGGUAUCCUUCAGCUGAAUAUAUCAUCCUCAGUGACUGUUGGUGGUUUGUUUCAAAGUGGUGAGAAGACAUCAAUGAAGGAGUGGCCCAGCUCUCUUGAAAUCAAAGGAAGAGUUAGACUUGAUGCAUUUGAAAAAUUUCUUCAAGACCUCCCUAUGUCUCGAACUCGAGCAGUUAUGGUUCUCCACUUUGUUUUGAGGGACAAAUCAUCGGAGGUCGAGAGUCGUGAGCUUUCUGAGGCUAUUGACUCUUACACUGCGGACGAGAGAUUGGGAUAUGCCGAGCCAGGCCCUGGCAUGGAACUCUAUCUGUGCCCUCCUAUCCUCAGAAUCACCGAUAUAUUAAACAAGCAUGUAGCCAAGGACCAUCCUGAGACCCACAACACUAUCGAAAAUGGACUAAUUGGUGUAGUUGUAUGGAGAAGAGCUCAUAUAAGCAACACAAUAUCACCUAACUCAUCAUCACACCACAAACACAGCUCCAAAAAGCACCCCUUUUCUGCACCUAAAAGGGCUCAACAUUCAUCAAAUGUUAAUGCUAGUACCCCAACUAGGACUACCCCUCCUGUUUCAACUAAGUCACUGCCACAAGCUGAAGAGGACGAUGAUAUCCCACCUGGUUUUGGCCCUCUGGCUGCUGCCCGUGGAGCAAAAGACGAUGAUGACUUACCUGAGUUCAGUUUUUCUGGCAACAUAAACCCAUCUGUGCCAAGGAUUUCACCACAGAACUUGCAUCAUGGCGCGAAAUUGACUCACCGCCCAGUAGAUCAAGUGAGAGAACUUAUUAAAAAGUAUGGGCAAAGUGGGACUAGUUCGACAAGUAGGAGUUUGGUAGAUGAUAGGAAUCUUGGCAUUGAACCUUGGAACGAUGACGACGACGAUGAUGACAUUCCAGAAUGGCGGCCUCAAGCCCAACAUCAACCGCAGCACCAGCCAUAUCAGGUGGCCCAUGGCCAUCGGCCACCAGUGCACUUGCCUCCUGGCGGUCACCCUAUGGCUCCCGUGGCAACCCAGCAGCCACCGAGUGGGCUCGGGCAGUUGCCUCCUGGUGGUAGAUGGGUGCAGCCUCCUGGUCCCCUACAUGGUGCGAGGUGGAGACAGCACUAAUUAUGAAACAGAAAGCCCUUUUGUAAAUAAGUUUUGUUUGUUCUGCCUUGACCAACCUCUGUUUGUUUAAAGUUGUAGCACUUAGUUUGUUUAUUUCUGUAUCUCUUUCUUCGCUGUAAGUUUUGCUAUGAUCAGAAUAGCCAUUUUAGACC